AUGAAAUUCGACAGUUCUUAUAAAUAUAUUAAAGAAAAAGAAUCGAAUAAUACUUGGAUAAAUAUGUUAUCUACAUUUCGGAAUACAAAUGGAAAUAUAAUAAGCAGAAUUAAGAAAUUUAUCGAUUUACCACAAUAUGCAAUCAAUAAAACAAACAUGUGCAUUAGAAGAGACUAUUAUUUAUUUGAGUUUCUUAGAAUAUUCGGAAUAAACCCACUCAGAGCAGAUUACUAUGCUAAAUAUACUCUUGUAGUAGGCUCACAAUCCUCAAUUGGACAAGCUGUAAUUUCAGAACUAAAAGAACGUAACAUUCACUAUUUAACUGUUAACAAUUCAGCACUACUAGACUUUACAGACAAAACCCUUAAAACAGUUUUGGAUUUUGUUCAAAUAAAUUCGAUAAUAAUUUGUGAUACAACAAACAGCUAUCGUCACUCCGAUCAUAAUGUAUCUAAAUACAUCAACAAAUACGAUACAAAACUAAUUAAAGGGAUAGUUUCAUUAGCUCAAAAUUUAAAUGCAAAUAUUACUUUUAUUAAGCUUCCGUAUGCAAAUCAUUUGACAAAUUUACUAUCUCAGCACAAAAAUAUUAAAGUUAUUGAAAUUCCUUAUUUCAUUGACAAAGAAAUUUAUUUUGAUCCAAGAAAUGUUUUCAUACAUUCAAUAUCGGAGUGUAACAUUGAGCAUCAUACUACAAUAGAUUUAGAUGUUGAUUCAAACAUCUCUUCUUUGACAUCAAAUGAAAUUGGAAAAUAUAUUUUGGAUAAAAUACAAUUAAGCGACAAUAUUCAGCUUCCUGAGUCCGAAUUCAUCACAAUACGUGAUCUUCUUGAAGUGUUAAAGUCAAAAUGCAGUAUUUUAAUACAUUCAGAUUCAUAUCAAAGAAAUCACAAACCAAUUCAAGAAAUUCCCAAAGUUUUUGCUGAUUUUCUUAAUUACACACUAGAAAUACCCCAAGAUCCUUAUCUAUCAAUCGUAGUUGUUGGUCGUCACGAUGGAUUUUCAAAAGGUUUCGAAAACAGAGCUCAAAACUUCCUGGAUGUCAUUGGGAACUUGUCUCAUCACGCUCCACUCGCCAGUUUCGAAAUUGUCUUCGUAGAUUACGCUACUCCAAUUGAAAGAAAACCGUUAUGUAAAGUAUUCAAAAUUCCGAAAAUUUUAAUGAACAGAACUCGAUUUAUUUCUGUUCCCCAAGAGUACCAUUACAAUUUAACAGAGAAACUUCACACGAAAUCGAGUUUCUUUGAGUAUAUUGCGAAAAACAUCGGAAUCAGAAGAAGUAAAGGCCAAUUUAUUCUGACAACCAAUCCGGAUAACUUCUAUUCUGUUGACUUCUUCGAAUCCAUCGCGAGAAGAGAGCUAAAUGAUGGAAUUCUCUAUAGAAGUCAUCGUUGGAGUUUAAAUGAAAAUUCAUCUUUGACAAAAAGUGACAUUUUUGAUGUAAUUAAUCGUCCUGGCCAAUUAAAGAAGAGGCAAGAUGUUAGAGCUAGAUGUCCAACAGAUAUAAGCAAGACAGUUUGGUUUGCUGAUAAAGAGAGUAUCGAAAAAGAAAGUUUUCCUUGUGGAGCAGGAGAUUUCUUAAUGAUGUCAAGAGAUAUGUGGUUUGCGAUAGGAGGAUUUGAUGAAUACCCAGGAAAUAUGAAUGUUGAUGCUUUGUUCCUUGGAAGAAUGAUGAAAUUCGUUCCUGGAUACGUGAGAAAUUUAAUGAGAGCUCCAAUUGUCCACCAAUACCAUGUAAGACAAAAUAUAUUUAGACCAUUGGUUUCAGAGCAUAAAAAGAAAAUGUCUGACUAUGCUUGCUCAGCAAUGUGCAAAGAAAUUCAAAAAUAUGAAACUGAUUCAUGGGGAAUUGGAGAUGCAGUCUUUAACGAAACUAUUAUUUAA